GAAAAGGAAAGCAAGUACUAAUAAGUAGAAUGAGGCACCUUUCUUUCUCUUUAUUUUUCUAUUAAUUUUUGAAAAAAAUAUAUGGGCAUGCAGCCCGCGAACCGCGGCCCACAGUCUAGAUGGGUGUGGUAUGUUUUGGGCGUGGUCUGAUAUCAAUCAGCACAUGACUUUAUGGGAGAUUGAGUUGCGCAAUCAAUCAAAUGAUAUGCUGCACAAGAUUGUUAUCCUCAUCAACUUUCUUUUUCUUUCGAGCAUGCAUGUAGUAACACGCAGUCUUACCCUGAGUUAAUCAUCUUGUAAAUGUUACACUCUUUGGUACUGGUGGCCGUGGGGUGACCGUAAUGUAAAAUGGCCUCUUCUAAAACUAAAAGAUUCGAAGAUGACGCAAAAGUGAUUGAUUUUAUAAAGCUCUUCCCGUCGCUCAAAAUAACAGACGAUGCUUUCAGCAAAGCUAAGAAGGUAAAAUGCAGUUUGACUGGUCAUGAAUUGCCAUGCAGACUUGCUGAACUGGAGAAGUACACCAAUGGCAAGAGGUUCAAGACUGCUCAGGACAGAGACAAAGACAAGUUUGAACAGUACAAGCCACACAUCGUUCCUAGUACCAAGAAAGGAAGAGAGAAUCAGUUGUUUUGCACACUGACUGUGCGUCACAUCAACCGUGUACCAGCUCAUGUGGAACGUCAUGUCAAUGGAAGGAGGUACAAGAAAGCCCUGGAAAAAUAUGAAGAAUGCCAGAGACAAGGUAUCAAAUUUAAGCCUCUUGCACGGAGCAAGAAGAAAGAGAGUGAUUCUGAUAUCAAGAAGUAUAGCCAUCAUGCCGACAGUGAUACCAGUGAUUCAGAAGAUGAGUCAGAUGACAGUAUGAGUGAUUUAUACCCUCGAGAAUAUUUUGAGAGAUUGCAAGAUGGAGGAGAAGGAGAAGAUGAUGAUGACUCUGAUUUUGAUAUCGAGAACAAUGACUGUGGAUUAAGUACUCAAAAUGAAUCUAAACCUACACCUAGUGGUCAAGCUAAACGAAAGAAUAAAUCAAAGAAAGGAGGAAGAAGAAAGUUUGCCAAAACUCAAUCAACACAUUUAUCACAGAAUGGAAUGACUGAAAAGAAGGGGAAAAGGAGAAAAGGGACUGGUAUGACAUGAUUUUUAAUAGAAAGUUCAUCUGAUAUCUGUUGCCAUUUACUACAUUUGCACAAUUUUUUUAUGUUGAAAUAAGCAGAACAUUAUUCCCAGGAGUAAUUAUGAACAUACUUGUUUUGGAAGCAGAAGGUGGAGAAGAUGAAGAAGAAAUUGGAGGGAGGCAGACUAAUUAAUUGUUUAGGAGCAAAGUGGAGCAUAAGUGAGUCCUAUGAAAAACUUUUUUUAUAUAUAUAAAAAUAGGUGUAUAUAAAUCUUAAAAGGAAUAUCAAUGCAAUAUGAAAAAUAAUAAUUAUGGCAAUUUGAAUAUAUUUAGAUUGCAAAACCAAAGUCCUUAAAUUGACCCAUCUAUCAAUGUUGAGUUAUCCAAGACCCCUAUACUUUUUUCAAAGAUGCAUUGUUGUUAGUUAAAAGAAAGUAUAUGUGAUUGGUAAAAUCAUGACAGGUCUUGAUACUUGUGACUUACUGGUCAAACAUUCCCCUCAAAGUAAACAAUAAAUUGUGUUUUAGACAAAAUCUUGCAAUUGAAAUGGCUGGUCAGAUGUUUGCUCUCAGCCAAUCAUUUGAAUAUACUGUGACAAUAUUUCAAGGCUUCUCAAUGGUGCUCAAAUCUACCUACUUUCAUCUAUGUGUUUCAUAUCUGAGGGUGGUUAACAAAGUAUGACUUUAAUCCACACUUGAAUUCCUAGUUGUGUUAGGUAUAUAACAAUGCUCAAGUGAAACUUGGUACUGCUAAAUUAUCAAAGAAAUUUAACAAUAAAUUCACUUGUGCAGUGGCAGUUAAGUGUGCAUGCAGUUGAUAGGUCUGUGUAUUAGUAUGCAAGUGGGCAGUGAUCAAAUCCCCCCUCUACACUAUCUCAUGAAUCGCAAGACUGCCUAUCUGGUAAAAUUUAAUCAAUUUAUUUUUCAAGUAUGGUUCAAUGAUAAUCCACCAUUGAAAGCAGUUUCAAUAUGUUUCAUAUGAGUCCAUUUAAUUUUAUCACUUUUUUUAAAGGAAGUUAUUUUUCCCCCAGAAGAUGCAUCCAAACAGAAUUUGCUUCAUCUAUUUUCUCUUAUUUUUCAAAACGUUUGAUUUUCACUUUAUUAUAAAGCCGAAAGGCUGUACUUUUUUACAAUGCCAUUCUGAAUGUGCAUCACCUUUUAACUGAGUCAAGAUCACACAUUUCCCCACCAAUAUACAAGACUUUUUUUGGGGGGGGGGGAGGAGGUGCCAUGGCUGAGUGGUAUAAGGCUCCUGACUAGAUAUUUGAAAGUCCAGGGUUUGAUCCCCAGCCCAAGGCACCUAUGCCAGUGAGCAAGGCAUUCAAUCUACAGUGCUCUUUUAUCCUAAAUUCAAAUAAAUGGAAAAGACUUGUUUGAAAUAGUUUUUUAUCCCAAACAGAGUGGAAUCCAAUGUUCUGACUCUUUAGGGUGUGUGACCUCACAAGUAGCAGAGCAAACAAUUGGUGUGGAUUAGAUGACCCUAAUGGGGUGUUGCAAGAAAUUUGGGUUUGAUUGCAAGCUUCUUACUAGCAAUGCAAAUUCAAUUGGCGAUUGAUUACAACUUAAAGUCGGUCCAGAGCAGCUGCAAAUUUGUAGUUGAUUUUCAAUCAAUUGCACCUCAAACUUACUUGCAACACCCCAUAAAUCUAAAGAUUUAUUUUUCCUUCUGCAACAAUACACCCCAAUAAAAGUAAAUAAAGAUGUAGAAAACCAAUGACCAAAUUAAAGGAGAUGUAAUGAUCUUCAUUCAGCUAAUUAAUUAUGCAAGAUCUGUCCUUGCCAUGCAUUGGAUCAAAGAAUCCACUUUUGAGGACCUUCCUACUGACUGGUAUGAUUUAAGUCGCACCUUAUUCUGUGUUUAAAAAAAAGAAUGGACCUUUAGAUCUGUAUUGCAAUGUUAGUGCAAUGUUCGUAAUAUUUGUCUCGCUCCUUGUUGGAUGUCCUUGAGUGAUAUAAAAAUGAAAGUUGUCACUGUCUUAAAUUUAUGCGUGCAAAUGAAUUAAAUGUAAUCAUUUCAUAACUGGAAUGAUUGAAACAAGAUAUAA